UUAGUUAUUACAUAUUCUCCUCAAUUUCCAAACUUCUAAAAGUUGGAUAAAGACAUUGUAGCAAUUCAUUUCCAAGCAAAAAUAACGCAUGGUGGCGCUGCAGGCUAAUGCUUUAAAAGAAAGAAACGCCAAUAAAUGCUAGGAACUCUACUUCAGAUCCCCAGUUAAAAAAGAAAAGCCCGUAAGCAGAGCCGGACCAGUAAGUCUCCAGAGAAUGCUGCUUACCUACCUUUCCAGACAGGUUAUCAAGUAAAAGAUCGACCAGUAUCUCAGUUCCAUUGCUCCAUAAGGUACUGCUGACCCCUGUUCUUGAAAAGGUGUGUGCAGAAGUAAAGAUGGAGUCCGGAAGGGUGCGCAAACAAAGGCAAGUUCUGAUUCUCUUUCUCUUAUCCGGAGUGGCUCAGGCAGGCUGGGGACUCCGACGCUAUUUUGUGAUGGAGGAAACUGAGAGCGGCUCUUUUGUGGCUGACCUGGCUAAGGAUCUAGAACUAGGAAUGGGGGAGCUAGCUGCGCGGGGAGCCCGGGUGGCCUCUGAGGAUAACGAACCACGUUUGCAGCUGGAUCUGCAGACCGGGAAGUUGAUAUUAAAUGAAAAAUUAGACCGGGAGCAGCUUUGCGGCCCCACCGAGCCCUGUGUAAUGCAUUUCCAAGUGUUACUGAAUAAACCUCUGGAGGUAUUUCGAGCUGAGCUCCUGGUGGGAGACAUAAAUGAUCAUUCUCCUGAGUUUUCUGAAAGAGAAAUGAUCCUAAAAAUCCUAGAGAAUAGCCCUCCUGGUACUGUUUUUCCUCUGAAGAAAGCUCAGGACUUGGACGUGGGCAACAACAACGUUCAAAACUACAAUAUUGGUUCCAACUCUCAUUUCCAUAUUUCCACAAUCAAACGGGGAGAUGGCCGGAAAUACCCGGAGCUGGUGCUGGACAAAGAGCUAGAUCACGAGGAGCAGUCUGAGUUCAGAUUAACCCUGACAGCGCUGGAUGGCGGCUCUCCACCACGAUCUGGCACCACUCAGAUUCGUGUCCUGGUCUUGGAUGUCAAUGACAAUGCCCCUCAGUUUGAGCAGAUACUCUAUGAGGUGCAGGUCCCAGAGAACAGCCCUAUAGGUUCCCUAGUUGUCAAGGUCUCUGCUAGGGAUUUAGAUGCUGGAGCAAAUGGCCAGAUAACAUACUCGCUUUUUUAUAGUUCUCAAGAGAUAGGAAAAACUUUUGAGCUAAAUAGCCUUUCAGGAGAAAUUCGACUAAUUAAAAUGCUAGAUUUUGAAACCAUAUCUUCAUACGAACUAGAUAUAGAGGCAUCUGAUGGGGGAGGACUUUCUGGGAAAUGCUCUGUUUCUAUCAAAGUGUUGGAUGUUAAUGACAACUCCCCAGAACUAACUAUCUCAUCAUUUACCAGCCCUAUUCCUGAAAAUUCCCCUGAGACAGAAGUGGCUCUGUUUAGGACUCGGGACCGAGACUCUGGGGAAAAUGGAAGGACGGUUUGCUCCAUCCAAGAUGAUGUUCCAUUCACGCUGAAACCUUCAGUCGAGAACUUCUACAGGCUGGUAACAGAAGGAGCUCUAGAUAGAGAGACAAGAGCCCAGUAUAAUAUCACUAUUACUGUCACUGACUUGGGGACACCAAGGCUGAAAACCGAGCACAGCAUAAUAAUCCUCGUCUCGGAUGUUAACGACAAUACCCCUGCUUUCACGCAAACGUCAUACACGCUGUUGGUGCGUGAGAACAACCAGCCAGCCCUACACAUAGGCAGUGUCAGCGCCACAGACAGAGACUCAGGCACCAAUGCCCAGAUCACCUACUCGCUGCUGCCAAACCAGGACCCGCACCUGCCGCUCGCCUCACUGGUCUCCAUCAAUGCGGACAAUGGGCAGCUGUUCGCAUUGAGGGCGUUGGACUUCGAGGCCCUGCAGUCAUUCGAGUUCCGAGUGGGCGCCACAGACCAAGGUUCGCCCGCGCUCAGCAGCCAGGCGCUGGUGCGAGUGGUGGUGCUGGACGACAAUGACAACUCGCCCUUCGUGCUGUACCCAAUGCAGAAUGCCUCUGCACCCUGCACGGAGCUGGUGCCCAGGGCGGCAGAGCAGGGCUACCUGGUCACCAAAGUGGUGGCGGUGGAUGGAGACUCGGGCCAGAACGCCUGGCUGUCAUACCAGCUGCUCAAGGCCACGGAGCCCGGAGUGUUUGGCGUGUGGGCGCACAAUGGCGAGGUGCGCACCGCCAGGCUGUUAAGCGAGCGCGACGCGGCCAGGCACAGGCUGGUGGUGCUGGUCAAGGACAAUGGCGAGCCUCCGCUGUCUGCCAGCGUCACGCUGCACGUGCUGCUGGUGGAUGGCUUCUCCCAGCCCUACCUGCCGCUCCCGGAAGUGGCGCCCGAGCGCGCUCAAGGGGACUCGCUCACUGUCUACUUGGUCAUCGCCUUGGCGUCGGUGUCAUCGCUCUUCCUCUUCUCUGUGCUGGUGUUCGUGGUGGUGAGGCUGUGCAGAAGGAGUGAGUCGGCGCCGCUGGGUGUGUAUUCGGUGCCUGAGGGCCACUUUCCUGGCCACCUGGUGGAUGUCAGCGGCACAGGGACCCUGUCUCAGAGCUACCAGUAUGAGGUGUGCCUGAAAGGAGAUUCUGAGAGUAAGGAGUUCAGAUUCUUGAAGCCUAUAUUCCCCAAUAUUCUGAGACAGGACUCUGGAAGAAAAUUAGAGGAUAUUCCAACCCUCCAGAAUAAUUUAGGUAACAACUCAUGGUGAAGAUAAGCCUCAUGAAUAUAAGAAAUGUGAAGAAUUCUUCCAUUUUCUUUGAUGCCUGUGAAAACUCCCAAUGAACCUAAAAAUUGUGGGAAAAUCUUCAUUGACCUUUAUCCUUUAGGGCACAUGUGAGAACUCAUAUUGGAUUUAUAUUCUAUGAAUAUAAAACAUGAGAAAGUUUUUAUACUUCACUUUCCUAAUGUACACAUUAGAACUACCAUUGGAAAGAAGACAUAUGAAUAAAACUAAUGUGGGAAAGUCUUCAGCUAUUCCUUGAUAUGAAAAAGAGCCCUAUACAUACAAGAAAUGUAGGGACAUCUACAGUUUCACUUCAUCCUUUAAUAAGUACAUGAGUACUAAAACUGGAGAAAAAUCCUCUGAUUACAAAAAAUGUGACAAAUCCCUCAUUUCUGCUUAUACAAAGCUUAUACUGCACAUCGCCUUUUGAAGGGAACCACUGCAAUUGUUAAUUUUAGAUGUCAGCUUGCCUGGAUUAAGGGCUGUGUAGAAAGAGAGUAAUCAUUACUUCUCAGUAUGUCUGUGAAGGUUUUUCUGGAAAAGUUUGAUAUUUGAAUCAGUGGACUGAGUAAGGAAGAUCCACACUCACCCAAUAAGAAUAGGCACCAGCCUUUUUUUUGGGGGGGAGGGGGUAACCAAUAGAAGAAAAAGGCACAGGAAAGGACCUCUGUGUCUUCUGAAGUUGGGAAGUCAGUAUAUUCUCAUACGCUGGAAGGUCAGAACUCCAGGUUCCUCAACCUUUAGACUCCCAGACUUUCCCAAAUAGUAUCUCAUGUCAUCAAGUCAUUGGACUUGAACAAAGCUUUGCCACCAGCUUAGCUGAUAUUCCAGCUUGCAGAUGGCCAUUGUGGGACAUCAUGGCCUCCAUAAUUAUGUGAGUUCAUUCCUUUUCUCCCUACAUCUUUCUCUCUCAUUUGUUUCUAUAUGUUUCUCUGGAGAAGCAUGAUUAAUACAUUCUUCAGUUGCUCCUCAUUCCUCUUAUAAUGCAUGAAGAGAAAUUCUAUUAAUAUAAGGAGUAUAGGAAAAUACCAACUUGUAUCUUGUUCUUUCAAAGGCAUUUGAAAAUUCACAUUAGAGAAAAGCCAUAGAAAUGUAAGAAAUGUCAUACAGUAUAAUUACUAACACUUCAGUGUGCAUGUGAGAACACAUACUGAAGAGAAAAUAUACAGAUAUAAAAUUGUAGGUAAGACUUCAAGUCUUUCCCAUUGCUUAGUCAGCAAGUGAGAACUCAUACUGGGAGAUAUUCUAAAGAGCAUGGAAAAUCCUUUAGUUUUCACUCAUAUUUUCAUAGGCAUGUGAAAACACACAAUGGAAUGAACCCCAAUAAAUAUAAUCAAUGUGGGAAAGCCUUCAAAUGGCUUUCAUAUUUAUGCAUGAGGAAAUUUAUUCUGGAAGAGAAAUAUUUAAACUGAAAGUAUAGAAUUGUUUGCCAUUCUUCAAGUAGACCCCUAGCUCAUAGUUUAUCAUUUUUAUUUGCUAAUAAAAACCUCUACAGUAAUGACCAUUGCUCCCAGUACCCUUUCAGCUAUAUCACACAACAUUUGACAUACAUUAUGGUUCACUAAUAUAAAUGAUUAAUUUCAAUUAUGAAGUUCAAUUGGAUGUAUGGCUAAAUUAAAACUUAUUUCAAUUUGCAAAUAAAAGUUUUUGAAAUUACUUUUAUUAUUGUUUUUAAUUAAUUUCCAUUAUGCUCAAUUCAUGUGAUCAUAUUAUAAUUGACUAUGAUACUUAUUGGAGUUUUUCCUGGCCUACUAUGGCCGAAUUUAUGUUUCCCUACUUCCCUUCUUCCUUGAUAAGAAGAAGUGAGAGGAGCUAAGCAACUUGGAAUUUUUCAGGUUAUUGGAAUUUACUAAGGAGAGAUGUAUCUUUAGCAUUAUCAUAGCCAGUGUAGUAUACAACUUACUGUGUUGGUCAAUUGGUGUUGAUAGAAAUUUUGAAAUGUGUAGUUAUCAAAAAGGGCAGUUUCAAUCUGACAGUCAAGUAUCCUUUUGUAUUCUGCUACAAGUUGGACACAACAUUUCACACUUAAAAGAGAGAACUUGUAAUCAUGAGAAUGAAUAAUGGUACCUCUGGCUUGUGUUAUAUGAAGUUUAGAACUAUAUUUUCCAGAAUCCUCUUUGUUUGGUCCAGGUUGCAGCUGGACCAAAAAGGAACCUCCGAUUUGGAAUGCAGAAAUGAAGAAGAAAUAAAUCUGCAAGACAUACUGAAUAAUUGCAAGAGUUAAGACAAUGAAGUCUCUACACAACUAUCAAUAAGCAAAUUGAAAAUCAAACCUGAGUAUUAUACUAUAAGACAAAGAGGAAAUAAUAACUUUUGUAUUAUAUGCCCAUGGAAUUUUUUAAACAGAUACAGCAUUUUUUUGUAUCUUUAUUUUAUUUAUUCAUUUUUAUGUGGUGUGGGAGAUUGAACCUAGUGCCUCACACAUGCUAGGCAAGUGCUGUACCACCGAGCCACAACCCCAGCCUUACUCAUGGCAUUUAUGGACUGGCUUUAAUCAUACAUUUGGUACAUUUUUGCUGAUAAAGUUCUUAUAAUGUGGCUACCAGAAAAUCCUUUAAACUGGUGCCUGUGGUUUUUUGAUCCAACCCAUAAUUUUGAAAGCAUUCUUGGUUUCUUGCAAAAAUAAGAGAUCACAAAAGUACUAUAUUUAUUUUGCUGAUCCAGUUAUUCAUUGGACUACACUUACAUAGUUCCCUGGUUUAUUUUCAUUAAAUAAAUAGAUGUUAGAUGCCACGUCCGGCCAAGGGAGCCGAGUCCGGCGAGGGACGGCGAGGUUAAAAGACACACAGGACACCAAGGUUCUUCAUCCAGGAGUCAAUAAUCUUUAUUGCUAACACACCUUUUUUUAUACCCCAAGCAGCAGAAGUGGAAAACUACCCAAAAGCAGGAGGGAGGGGGGAGAAAUUUAGUUUCAACAUCUAUUAUUGUCAGGUACCGAAACCUCCCUUAACAAUAAGUCCAUCAGACCAGAAAAGGUCAAGGCAUUCCCGUGGGAUACAUAUGUCUCAGACGGAUAAGCAGGAACAGAAAAACCGCAAGUUCGCCAUGGCCUUGUGAGCUGGCCACACUGGCAUGCAGAACAAACUAGUGGAGGUAGGGCUCCAGGGGCCAGGGUGGACCUGCUGCCAACAGUUAGAGAACAAAAUCCUGGUACCAGAUGCUACACAUCAGACUAGUUUUAUGAUUCUUUAGAUAAGUUCUAAAGAAAUUUGUUAAACAAAUGUAGUCAAUAUAUAUUUUAAAGUUGUGUGUUUGUAUUAAUCUUUCACCAUGUUCUGAUAUAUUAUAAUGUAUAUACUUAAUAAAGAAAUACCUCUUUCAAAUUACAAUUUAAUUAACAUUUUUCAUUGAAAAUGUUAAUGAAAACUAACUUAAUUAUUCAACUAGUGGUUAAAAAAUAUAUUAAAAUUAAGCCCAUGAAAAACUGCUUAGCAUAACUAUACAUUCCUGAUGGAGCAGCAAAUAUUUAAAAUUAUCAUUCAUUUUUGUGAUAUCUUCUGAGUAUACCUUGCAAAUGAUAUAUGAUAUAUCAACAAGGAGACAUAGAGGAUAUUGUUGAUUAUAUAAAAAUUAAAAUUUUAGCCAGGUGCAUUGGCACAUGCCUGUAAUCCCUGUGGCCCAGCAGGCUGAGACAGGAGGAUCUAGAGUUCAAAGCCAGCCUCAGCAACAGUGAGAGGAGCUAAGCAACUCAGUGAGACCCUGUCUCUAAAUAAACUACAAAAUAAGGCUGGAGAUGUGGCUCAGUGGUUGAGUGCCCUGAGUUCAAUACCCAGUACCCCAAAAAUAUUUUUUAAUUUUUGAAAAAUAAUUUAAAAUUUGUCUUUAUGUAUACUUUAAUGCAAUCUUAAAUUUAACUUUAUUUUAAAGUUCUUAGAAUUUUAGUUCACUAUUCAUAUUUAUGUAACAUGUAUCUGCUAUUAGCUCUUACUAGUUAUCAGUGUUUAGGUAAUGGAGGAUAAAAGAAGUUAGCUGUACCAGACCAUAUUAUAAGUGGAAAACAUAAGUAAUUUGUUGUCUAAAGUCAUGUUUAAGGAUUUCAUUAAUCCAUAACCAGUCCCACUCAUAAGAACUUAGUACAUUAGUUCUUGCUAGGCAAAUCCUUUCAUUAUCUUACAGCAUAUAAGAAUGGAUAAUCUCGUCAGGCAUGGUGGUACAUGUCUGUAAUCUCUGGCUUGGGAGGCUGAGGAAGGAGGAUUGCAAGUUCAAAGCGAGCCCCAGAAGUUUAAUAAGACCCUCAGCUACUUGGAAAAUCCUGUCUCUAAAUAAAAUAUUAAAAAGGGCUGAGGAUUUGUCUCAGUGAAGUGCCCUUGGGUUCAAUACCCAGUACCAAAACAAAAUGGAUAAUCUAGUAAUAUUAUUAGAAUAUUUUCAUUGUGUGUUUGUAUUAAUCUUUCACCAUAAAUACCAGUUGAAUUCAAGUUUAUAGCCCCAAAAGAGUGAAUAAAUGCAUGUAUUAAGACACACCUUUAAAUUAACCCAAUUUUCCUCUAAACUUAGAAGUUGUUUUUUUCUGUGUGGAUCCUUAAAAUUGUCUUUAUAUUUUUGACUCUGUUUUUCUGUCAUCUAAAUAUUUUCUUAUUAAUUUUAACACACCAUGAUGUACUGUGGUAAACUAAGUUCCUAUUAUUGUAUUUCUAAACAUUAAAACAUGUUUUAAGAAUAACAGUAUAUUUUUUAAAUUUUUUUCUUAGUUGUAGUUGGACACAAUACCUUAAUUUAUUUAUUUUAUUUAUUUUUUAGAAGUAGUUGGACACAAUACCUUUAUUUUAUUUAUUUUUAUGUGAUGCUGAUGAUUGAACAAAGCAACUGGCAUGUGCGAAGCUAGUGUUCCACCACCGAGCCACAACCCCAGCCCUAAGAAUAACAAUAUAUAUUAACUACAAUAUUUUUUGCUAUUUUUCCACAUGAUUUUAUGAGUGAAUAAAACCAAAGUUUUGCAUAGGUGGAAGAUAGAUGAAAAUUGCAUGCUGACUGUAUUCUUUUACAUUUUGGGUUCAAAUAUUUAAAUAGGGCUGAAGGUAUAUAGGUCUAGCCCACCUGUUAUUAUAUAUUUAAGCAGUACAAUUACCUGGAAAAGAAAGAUGUCUUAAUUUUCCUUCAAGAUGUCAUUUGGGAUGAUAACUAGUAUUUAGAUAUAAAACUUUUAAGGGUUAAGACUUUUUUUGGCAGCCUAUGGAUCCCUUUAUAGAAUGUUUUAAAGUAAAUAUCACAAAAUGUAUAUGAUUACAAAAUAAAUUACUUCAAAAUAUAAUUGUCAAAACAUUUCAAAACAAAAUAAUAAUAAUAUGUGUUAGAGUCUGUAAACAAGUCAAAAUAACACCUGGCAUUUAGCCAGGGGAAUGUUAGAGUUCGUAAACAAGUCUGGAUGGUGCCUGGCAAAAUGCCAGAGGGAGUGGUUUGAGAAGUAACAAAAGUGAGCCAUUAAGUGUAGAGAUUCCUUAUUGGUUGACUGAUGUAUCUAGUUUAUGCUAAUUAGAUAAGCUCUAUGGAAUGUAUAAAUACUGCUCCUGUCCUGCAAUAAACGGCUCCCACUCCUGCUGUAUCAACGUACACAAGUUAUUCGUCACCCCCCGGUUAUUUUGCUGCAGCCGGACUGCGGCAGAUGGUGGCCCGUUACGGGGAGCCCCGGGACACUCGGGGGUAAGUGACGAAAAAAAGCUGCCCGUCCAUAGAUAGGACGGGAGCAAAUCUGCUCGAUCCCUAGGCAGAUAGGGCGAGAGGAAAAAUGGCCAUUUCAAGAAAAUGGAGAAGAUUGAUACAGUAUGUUUGUGUCUUGUUUUGUCUCAGUGUAUUGUAUUGUCUUUGUGAUGAAAAUAUGGAAGGGGUGAGAAGUAAAUUACUAAGGGAAGAAGGCACCCCAGUGGAACCAAGAAUAGUUAGGGCAUGUGUUGAUAAGAGCCCAGGAACUCUAGUCAGAAAGAAAAAGAAAGUUCAGAAGAAGAAGGAUUAUCAGGAAAAAAGUUGCAGCAAAAGGCUAUUACUAAAUACUUUUCGUUACCUGAGGGUGCGUGAAGCGGAGAGGCGACUGCUGAGUGUGCAAGCCGGUCACAGCGCAACAAGGAUUUUCCAAGAGGCGGCAGCGACUGGCCCUUCCCUGCCUCCUGGCCGGGGAGCUGGCUCUUCCACUGCCACGAGCCCAAAUCUAGACCUGACUUGGAGGCACAGUCUCGCAGGCUCUUGCUCCCUGUGCCCAGUAGCAGUUUGAGUCCGGGACACUCCCCAGGGCCAUCUGGGGCUGCCCAGGCACUACAGCCAGCAGAAGACGCUACUGGUGUCCCUGAUGUUUGGUCAUUUUCAAUGCCAAUAACUAAGCUACAAUGGUUCUCCCACACCUGGAAGCUGAUAAGUAAUGAGCACUAUUAAUGCUUAUUUCAAAUGCAAAAAAAAACCUUGAGAUAAUGUACUAAAUUGUUCAGAAGGUUGUUUUCUUAGUAGAAUACUACAGGAUUUUCUUUAGCCAUCCGGAGUUCCUGCCUUCGUCCCAGUGCCAAUAAAGACCAAAGUGGAAGAAUUCCCAGUGUUGCUGAGAACCGGACUAAGAUUUCAGCUGAGAAACGGACGAAACUUCGGAUCAAGCUAGUUGCCUGCAGAACUUACCUGGACUGUGAUUUAAGCUAGCUGCCUGCAGAACUUACCUGGUCUGUGAUUUAAGCUAGCUGCCUGCAGAACUUACCUGGACUGUGAUUUACCGGGACUGUGAGUUAAUCUAUUGAGACACUGCUUUACCUGGACUGAGACAACAAACUGUAAUCUAUAACAAAUUGCAAUUCGGUAUCUUUGCUAACAGUGUCAUUGCUGGUAUAAUUUUUCCAAGGGCUUCUUGCAUGGAGCCAUCAAUUGGCUUGGUAUUGUGACAUUUUGUAUCCUCCCCUUCUGCUUGUAGCAGAUUAUUUAUGGUGUUUGUGUAAAAACCACUAUGGUUGUUAUUUAAAUUAAACAAAAGGGGGAAAUGUUAGAGUCUGUAAACAAGUCAAAAUAACACCUGGCAUUUAGCCAGGGGAAUGUUAGAGUUCGUAAACAAGUCUGGAUGGUGCCUGGCAAAAUGCCAGAGGGAGUGGUUUGAGAAGUAACAAAAGUGAGCCAUUAAGUGUAGAGAUUCCUUAUUGGUUGACUGAUGUAUCUAGUUUAUGCUAAUUAGAUAAGCUCUAUGGAAUGUAUAAAUACUGCUCCUGUCUUGCAAUAAACGGCUCCUACUCCUGCUGUA